UUCAAUCUUUGAGCAAAGGCAGCAGGAUUUCAGAUUCCUUUUUGAUCGCGCGUUCCGCUGUAGACUAUAUUUACCAUAUGUUCGCAUGGAAAAGCCGCGGCGUGCUCUUCACAUGGAUAUUUUUUGCAGCGCGCGCAGAGCAUUUUACUAUGUGCGCAGCCAGACCCCGCCUGCUCCACGCGCGUCACUGGCGAGUAGUGUGGACGCGGAGUCACUCCCCUGCCUACUUUUAAUAGCUUUGUCAUGUGAUGGAAAGCAGUUGUAAGACAGGUGCCCUCGGUUCAUUCUCGGCGAGGGGCAGCAGUUGCCUGUGUGCGAGCGAGUGGGAAGCGCGUGUGGAUUUCUUUUUUUUACUUGCUUUCUUUCUUUUUUCUUUUUUCUUUUUUUUGAAAUUUUCCGGGCCGUCAUUCAGUGGCUGGAUGGCGUGGGACAGGUGUAACCAGGACUCGGUGUGGAGAGAAUUAGAGUGCGCUGCCUUGGUUGGCGAAGACCAGCCCCUGUGCCCGGACCUCCCUGAACUCGACCUCUCAGAGCUGGAUGUCAGUGACUUGGACGCAGACAGUUUCCUGGGUGGACUCAAAUGGUACAGCGACCAAUCAGAGAUCAUUUCCGCGCAGUAUGGCAACGAGGCGUCCAACCUAUUCGAGAAGAUAGAUGAAGAAAAUGAGGCCAACUUGCUGGCAGUGCUUACUGAGACCCUGGACAGCAUCCCAGUGGACGAGGACGGACUGCCUUCGUUUGAGGCCCUGGCAGAUGGGGACGUGACCACUGCCAGUGACCGGAGCUGUCCCUCCUCCCCCGACGGCUCGCCGCGCACCCCGGAGCCCGAGGAGCCUUCCCUGCUGAAGAAGCUCCUUCUGGCACCAGCAAACUCCCAGCUCAGCUAUAAUCAAUACACAGGUGGCAAGGCACAGAACCAUGCAGCCAGCAGCAACCACCGGAUCAGACCACCACCUGCCGUCGUCAAGACGGAAAGCCCCUGGAAUGGCAAAGCAAGAGGGGGCUCCAGUCAACAGAACCGGCCGGUGAGGCGGCCUUGCACUGAGCUGCUGAAAUACCUAACAGCCACCGAUGACAUUCUGCUCCACCCCAAAUCCAGUGAAGCUAAGAACACUUGGGGGGGCGCCAGUAGCAGGGACAAGAGUGGCCUGGGUCUCGGUGCCUCUUCGUCCUCCUCUUCGCCAUCCUCGUCAUCCACCUCCUCGUUCUCCUCCCUCUCCUCCACCUCCUCCUCUUCUUCCUCCACCACGUCCAAGAAGAAGACAGCUGUGCCAUCCCAACAUCAACAGCAGCAGCAGCUGCCGCCGCAGCAGCAUCACCAGCGAGGUGAGAGCCGGGCUGCAGGCGAGUGUAGUGUGGCUGAUGUUGGGGCUGGGAAGUGGCAGCGUUGCACUCACGAUCACAGGGUUGAGGAGUCGGAGGUUGCUUCUAUCCCUGUUGGCCACAGAACCUCCACCUGCGGCCAUGCCCGCCCCAAACUGGAGCACGGGCCAUGCAGUGAAGAAGGAAGGCCGCCAGGCGAUGUGGGCCGCCUGGCCGCCGCUAGGUUUAUUAGGUAUAUGCAUUCUUAUUCCCUCCCUCCCAGAGAGGUGAGUCACAGCUGUGAGCAUUGCCGAGAGGCUGCGGGCGCCACUCAGGCUUGUGAGGGCUUUGGCAGGCAAGGCAGUGGUGGUGUCCGCCGUGCACCACGUAGGCACAUCACAGUGACUAUUACAAAAAGGGGAGAGGGGCCUGGUCACCCUUUACUUAGCCAGCUGCUCACCUCCAAACAGAGGCCUGCUCGAUACCGGGCCCACCUACUCCCACCUAAGAUCACCCCUCUUCCUCGUGCUCGGGGUAAAUUAGAAAAUAAGAGGUCUGAGAGUCAAGCCCAGGCGGUUUCACAGGUGGGGGAGAAGCAGUUCAAAGGAACUGACAAUGAUCUUAGAAUCGAGGGAGUAAGUCGGGCUGAGGAGCUUGUCUCAAAGCCCCAGUCGGCAGCUAUUGCCUUAGACCCAAACAGCUGGGUUAGCCAGCCAGAGCCAGAAGUGGACAUGGCCUUUGGACUAGAGCUGGGUUGGCAAAGCCAGGUGGGCUAUGGGGAGGAUGUUGACCAUGAUGAUGAUACUGUUGACAACCAUGAUGAUGACGAUGAUGAUGAUGAUGAUGACCAUGUCACGGGCAGCCCCGCAGCAGUGCUCUCACGGGGCCCACCAAGCCCACUCUUUCCUGAUACUAGAAUUGCAGAGCUCGCCCCUCCCUGCGUCACGCAAGGGCAAGGGCACCCACACAGGCAGGCACUGAGCGAACCCCCCGACGACCAGGGCCACCCAUUGUUAGCCAAACCAACCACCUUGCCACUUCCUUUGACCCCAGAGUCUCCAAAUGACCACAAGGGAUCACCGUUUGAGAACAAAACCAUUGAACGCACAUUAAGUGUGGAGAUUGCUGGAACCCCAGGUCUGACACCACCUACCACGCCCCCACACAAAGCCAGUCAAGAGAAUCCUUUCAAAGCAUCGCUCAAAUCCAAGUUGUCUUCAUGUUCCUCCUCAGCCGUGGAAUGCAAAAGGGCCAGGCUGAGCGAGUCGGGCCCCGGCGCUCCGGCCCCGGCCCCAGGUGCCUCGGGCGGGGGCCCCGCCAGGAAGGGUCCCGAACAGACUGAGCUUUAUGCCCAGCUGAGCAAAGCGUCCAGCAUUCUCCCUUACGCCUUCGCCCAUCACGCCGUGGGGGGAGGCCUCGAGGAGCAGCGCAGCACCAGCAACGGCAAGCGGUCGGCGCCACGCGGCUACAGUGACCAUGACUAUUGCCAGGCUUCCGCUAGCACUAGGAAGGACGGCAGCACGGCCACUGUUACCAUGACUACAGCAGCGGCAGAAAUUACGGUCACCCCAGGUGCCGCCGCUGCUUCCGUGCCCACUGCAGGCACAGCGGAGGACAGGCAUGUCGAAUGUAAAGACUUAGCCAUGUCGCCGUCCUCCUCCUCAUCUUCAUCUUCUCGCCCUCCAUUAUCAGCUCCAUCCGGUUCUCUAGCCGAGCAGCAGAAUUCUGCCUCUGUGGAUGGAGACGCAGUCCAGGUCCCGGGGUCGGGGAAGCAGAACCCCACACAAACCGCCCAGAUCCCCUCGCAGGAGAUCACUUGUGACAGGGGCCAACACAACUCCUCUGCCACUAGCCGGAAGCUCCUGUGCGACAAGGAAAUCAGAGCAGAACUCAACAAGCACUUUGGCCCCCCCCUACAAGCGCUCCACAGCCCGGGUGGUCAGGAGAAGGAACCGGGCAGCAAACCAAAGAGAGCUCCAGCCUCCCAGUCCCCUGAGGAGGACGAGGGGGACUACGACUCUCAGAGGCCGCCCGCCUGCGGCUACCUGCACCCGGGGUUCCUGCCCUUUCAGGAGCUGGAGCUGGGCGAGGGCCGCGAGAGCCGCUGCCUCUAUCCGUGGGAGGGCACCCCCCUGGACCUGCUCUUUGACUGCCCCCCCUGCUCCCCCUCCUGCUCCCCGCCGUCCAGCUGCUCUCCUUCCCGAGGCUCCGUCUCCCCGCCCUCCUCCCUGCUCCUCUCACCCGCCAGGCCUUUUUGCUGGAGCGGCAGCGGCUCCCGCUCCCGCUCCCGUUCUCGCUCCCGCUCUGGCUCCCGCAGCUCCUCUCCCCAUCACCGGAGGCGCUCCCUCUCCAGUUCACCCGACAGACGCACCUCCUCCUGGUCUCGUCACAACACGGACUCAAGCACCUUCCGUUGCAGGACUCACAAGAGCCCCCAACGUCAGCCUCGCUCUCCUCUCGGCUGCAGGCCAAGGUACGACAGCUACGAGGAGUACCAGCACGAGAGGCUGAAGAGGGAGGAGCACCGCCGCGACUACGAGAAGCGGGAGUUCGAACGGGCCGAGCAGCGAGAGAGGCAGAAGCAGAAAGCCAUAGAGGAGAGACGGGUGGUGUACGUGGGGCGACUGAGGUCCGACUGCACCCGGGCAGAGUUGAAGCGCCGCUUUGAAGUCUUCGGCGAAAUUGAAGAAUGUGCCGUGAACUUGAGGGAUGAUGGGGACAAUUUUGGCUUCAUCACGUACCGCUACACUUGUGACGCCUUCGCCGCCCUUGAGAACGGACACACCCUACGCAGGUCGAACGAGCCGCAGUUCGAGCUGUGCUUCGGCGGACAAAAGCAGUUCUGCAAAUCACAUUACACAGACUUGGACUCCCAUUCGGAUGACUUCGAUCCGGCCUCCACGAAAAGCAAGUAUGACUCCAUGGAUUUUGACAGCUUGCUGAGGGAGGCCCAGUGCAGCCUGCGAAGGUAACUAGUUCAGUGGCGCCUGCUGUCCGACACAAAGAGGGACUUCUGAUACCUCACCGCAUCUCGCUCCUUUUGGCGACGAGACUAGAAGAUUUACGCUCUGUUAUAGAGUAUAUAUGAAUAAGUCUAUAGACCUAUAUCGCUAUAAAUGAAUAUAUCAAAAAUAAAGUUUACAUGAACAUAGCUGCUGAAGAGCUGGGAAGAGACAUUGUGGGAAUUCCAGUGAACCCUCAGAACCCGGUGCACAGGUCCGGUGCACCCUCCUGCUGUACAACCACGAGUGAACGAAGUGAAGGAGACUCAUGUUUGUUUUCUAGAAGCACUACAAUACCCACGAUCCUUUGGGGGCAAAAACACGCAGCUUGUUCAGCCAGAUUUCUUUUCUUUUGCUGCUGAUUCUUUUUUCUUUCCUUUUGAAUCUGGUGUUUGGAUCUGGUGUUACAUUGGAAGCAAAGAGUUGAGGGGGAUCGUACCUCGGAGGUAAAAAUCUCACGGUAACGUCGUGGUCUACAUUUUACGGAGAAAUGUAGCCCUGUAUUUACAAAUACUAUAAAAAGAAAUAUUUUUAUUUUCUGUACAUAUCGGAUAAAGUUCUUUAUUUGUUACAGCUAUGCACUGUAAAACGCAGCCUUUUUUUAAAAAUGAGAAGAUUUCUUAAUUCAGAAUGUCGAUCUGUAGUCAAUACAAUACUGUAAAACAUAUUGUACACCUACAUGAUGUUUAGGAGACAUGCUAUGAUUGUAAAAAGACAAAAAAAGAUGCGUCCCGUUGCUCAUUUUGAGGGAGCAUGUGAACAAAUGUCCUUUUUUAAGUUAUUUUGUUGCGGGAAGUACCAGUCAACCAUGUAUAGUUUUCUCUGUUUAUAAAGUUUCUCAAUCAGUGUUUUUGCUUAUAAAACCAGUGUAAAAUGCGUUUUUAAUGUGUUUUUCAUGAUUGUGGAAAAAAAUAGCCCAUUUUUUAUUAAUUAUUUCUGAAGCAAUCAGUAUGUGUGUAUAUGUGUGUAUGCGCAACGUGUGUGCAUACGCUGUGUUGUCAGUUUAUUAGGCACAGCUCACAUGGACACGGAGGUGCUUCUGUUGUUGAGGCCAGCCUGACUCAGGGUGGACAAAUGAAUAGAAACACCUCCGUCCGUCAGCAUAACCACAUCUCAAACCACUUUAAAACACAAACGGCUCACCAUCAUCAACUUCAUGGAGCGGGGGUUUAUUGCGGGUCGUGUCGGCCCGCACUCUGUGUACUUGCUUUGAUUUUAUUGCUCUCUGGUUGUUGUUUUGAUUACAUUCUGCAUUCAGAUCCUUUUUAAUCAGUACCAACACAUAUUUAUCUAUUUAUUUUAAUAUUUGAAUCAAGAAUAUUUAUGGGUUGCAUUUCACAUGGCGUACCUCAUAAAAUUUACUUGCUGUUUAUGUUGUCCUUCAAGUUGUGUUAUUUAACUUGCAAUCACUAGACAGGGUGUUCAAUAAAUGGUUUGGUGGGGAUAAUAUUACCUUCUAUGCCUUUCCGAAACAAUCAAAACAUUCAGCUAAUCACUCCAGCGUCCGGCCCCUCAUCAUUUUAGUGAUUUCUGUCGCCCCUAUCAGUCCAACGUGCAGCGUGUUUCCUUCCACACGAAAGCAGAACAUGAAGCAAUAAAAUGAUUUAGCAGGAUUUGUUUUUGUACUACUGUAAACACUUGUCAUCGCUCCACUCACGCUUGAUUAUGUGAAUGCCAAACAGAAGUUUACAAUUUCCUUUUCCUGAAAUUUUUAAAGAUCUUGUAUUUGAUGUACAACAUAUAUAUAUAUAUAUAUAUGUAUGUGUAUAUAUAUAUAUAUAUAUAUAUAUAUAUAUAUAUAUAUAUAUAUAUAUAUAUAUAUAUACAUGAUGCUGAUACUACUAAUAUUCACAAUAAUUACAAGAUGAUUAAUAAUAAUAUAAAAGAAAGAAAAAAUCUAUAAAAAGCAAUAAAUUAUUUUUUAGAGUUGUAUUUUAGCUUUUACUGUUGUGUGACUUUUGGACUUGAGCCAUUACCCAGUCGCUAGCCAGUAGCCGGGAAGACUCCACUCCAGCAUCUCAUCGCCAUGGCAUUACUCCGUGCGGUAAACACCCGAACGCCCCCCCCCCCCCCCUCCCCUCCUCCCACCCUCGGCCCCUCCCUUUAAGAUGUAAUUGAGUCUUUGUGAUUGUAAUGCACGCAUUACCUUGUGACAUCUGUGCAAACGUGACUGACUCGUGACCCCACUCUGUGCGUAAACCUGUGCGUGUUGAGUUGAAGCUGUUCGUUGUGUAGUGCAUGGCUCUUACAGGAGGGCAGCCGGUGCAGUAUACACCGCUUCGGACGUCUGCCCCUCAGCUGUCUCAACGGGCAGAUUUUCAGUGACACUCUAUAAGCCUAGAGAAAACUACUCAACAAUGUAUCGCAUGCCGCACCACUUUCAGCGCAUCACCACCCCCCACCCCCCACCCCCACGCUCUCACCGUCCAGAUAUCACAGCUCCCACCGUCGACAUGACAUAAAAGGUAACCUUGCGGUUUCUGGUUCAAUUAAUAUCUCGUUUCUAGUGCGCGCCAAGUAAUGAGAGACCCAGCUUCCAUCACAGGAAGGAAAACUCUUCCUGUAUGAAAGCUCUGCUGAUCACAGGCUUUCCUUUAUGGAAUUUGACUUUGGAGACAAGGAACAGCAGAUUUUUAUGAUGCAAAAAGGCAAAAAGUGGUCGAGGGAGAGAUUAAAAAACCCCUUUACCUGUGUUUUAAGACAUGGCUUUACUUCUUUUUUCUUUUUUCGCUGUCCGUAUAGCGUUUGGGUAAUGGUGUUGUGUCCCAUUUGAUAGAUGUGGCUUUAAUCAUUGUAUUAAAAAAAUGCUUUGUAAAUUGCUUAGACUAGCAAUAUAUUAUAACACCUUCAAAUUUCAACUGUGGCGGACUUUUUAAUGAUGUGACCUACUGAGGACUUUACCACUGCUUAAACGUUUGUUGGGUAAUCAUGUUUCUUUUGGAAGGACAAUGUGUGCGUAUGUGUGGGUUGUAGGCAGGUAUGUGAGUGUUUCUGUACGUGUGCGUGCGUCUGUGUGGGGGUUCUUACUCUUCCUGUCCGUGUCCUUUCCACGUUGCCUUUCUGCCAAGUCCUUACCAAUGCCUUUGUGGUUCUACCUAUUGUACGACUUUCUUGUGAAUUUAAUUUUUUAUGUGCAAUUUCUCAUCAGCCUCACCAUGCCAAUAAAGGGAAAUGUGUUUGAAAAAAA